CGAACCGCUCUUCACUAACCCCCUCUCGGCCUCCAUAUAUGUGCGGCUGCGUAUGUCGCCUCCUCUCCGUCUCUAGUUUCCUUCAUCUCCCUGCUCUGCUCACCUCCAGCGCCGGCAGCACGAUGGCAGCGGCGGCCCCCAACCCGGAGGACUCGGCCCGGAGCGGCGGCGCCAGCGGCACACCCAGCGCGCUGGCCGGGGACGGGGACGCAGAAGAGGCCGAGGACUUCACCUCGUCCUCCCACUGCUCGGAGCUGUCUCGGCGGCAGAACGAGCAGCGGAAGCAGGGCUUGUUCUGCGACGUGACGCUGGCCUUCAGCAGCGGGGCGGCCACCGGCAGCGUCCAGAGCUGCGAGUUCUCCGCGCACAGGUCGGUGCUGGCCGCGGCCACCGACUACUUCACCCCGCUGCUGGGGGGGCAAUUCUCCGAGUCGCUGUCCGGACGAGUGGAGAUGAAGGAAUGGAGCUCGGAGCUGGGGCCGGACCCGGAGACGGUGGAGAGCGUUAUCCAGUAUAUGUACACCGGAGAAAUACGCGUCAGCACCUGCAACGUGCACGAAGUCCUGGAGCUGGCGGACAGGUUCCUGCUGCUGCAGCUUAAGGAUUUCUGUGGUGAGUUCCUGAAGAAGAAGCUGAGCCUGACUAACUGCGUGGCGGUGCACAGUUUAGCCCACAUGUACACUUUGGACCAACUGGCCCUACGAGCUGCAGACAUGAUCCGACGCAACUUCCACAAGGUGAUCCAGGAUGAGGAGUUCUACACGCUGCCCUUCCACCUGGUCCGCGAUUGGCUGUCUGACGCCGAGAUCACGGUGGAUUCUGAGGAGGUUCUGUUUGAGGCCGUGGUGAAGUGGGUGCAGAAAAACCCGGAGGAGCGAGGCCGAUACUUUGAGGAGCUGUUUCGUCUCCUGAGGCUGCCGCAGAUCAAGCCCACCUACCUGACCAGGGUGGUGAAGAACGAGCGACUGGUGGCCGCCAACGAGGCCUGUCUGCGGCUGGUGUCGGAGGCAGUGGAAGGCCACGCCAUCCGCUUUGAAAACCUCAAGUCUGCUGAUAUGGAGUUCUGGUCGUCCCACAUGGCCUCCUUUCAGCCUCGCUUUGGCCAGAAUAUGGACGUUAUCAUGGUAGUGGGCGGAGUGUCGGAGGGAGGGGACUACCUGAGCGAGUGUGUCGGCUACUUCAUUUACGAAGACCGCUGGGUCAACCUGCCACACAUCCACAACCACCUGGAUGGCCACGCUAUCGCAGUCACAGAGUCCCACGUCUACGUAGCUGGAUCUAUGGAACCGGGCUUUGCUAAGACGGUGGAACGGUACAACCCCAAUCGCAACACCUGGGAGCAGGUGAGCAACCUGACCACACGGAAGCACUCUUUUGGCCUCACCUGCAUCAAGGAUAUCUUGUACAGCAUCGGUGGUCACGGCAACUUCAGUCCAGGCUUCAAAGACGUCAGUGUGUACGAGCCCGAGCAGGACAAGUGGCACAACUUGGAAUCUGCCCCCAAGAUCCUGCGAGACGUGAAGGCAGUGAGCGUGGAGGACCGAUAUGUCUAUGUAACGGCACGUACGCCCGUCGAUACGGACAACGAGGACGGACUGAAGACGGUGACAACGCGCUAUGACACUGAGAGCCGACAGUGGCAGGAUGUCGACUCCUUACCACUCAUCGACAACUACUGCAUCUUCCAGAUGGCCGUAGCUUCCACAAAUUUCUACCACACAGCUUCCUGCUGUCCCAAGAGCUACACAGUGCGGGACGAGGUUGCCAGACAGAAGAUUAGUGUCCGUAUCUCCGACGAGAUCCUGGAGAGCCUUCCACCAGAGGUAACCAGCAUCGAGGGCGCCGCUAUCUGCCACUUCGACGAGGACGUCUUCAUCAUCGGAGGCUGGAAGAACAGCGACGACGUGGACAAGCAGUAUCGCAAGGAGGCCUACCGCUACUGCGCCGAGAGGAAGCGCUGGAUGCUACUGCCGCCCAUGCCUCAACCUCGCUGCCGGGCCACAGCCUGCCACGUCCGCAUCCCGUACCGCUUCCUGUACGGCUGCCAGCGGUACCCCAUGCCCCAGAACCUGGCUCGUCAGCGGGAUCGCAUGCAGCAGAUGCAGCAGCUCCACCGGCGCACCCUCACCCUGCGUCGGCAGCUCCAGUCGCAGAUUGAGUGCUGAACAAGUCGUCCAAGAACUCUGUCCGAGAAUCACCAACCACCGUUUCACCGCAAAAAACGCCAGUCAUAUGUAACGAGCUGCAGCGGGUCUUGUGUUGCUCUCAUUCUGGAUUUCAUUAAUCAGAACGAUGCGCCGUCGGCUGUCAUGCUGUGUUGUGUUAAUGGCUGAUUUGUGGAAAGCCAUGAAGUGCGUGGGCAGGCGAGGGCUGACCAGCUGGAGGUCUGCAAAGAGGGAAAUGUAAACAUGUGAAUAAGAGUGUUAUAUAGCAGCCAACAAUUGAAUAUCCUCUAGUCAUUAAUGUUGGUAUAGAUGCUGUUUAUCUGUUUGUACAUAAAUAGUAAAAAGCUGUUUAUAUGGAUAUUUUACAUUCCUUAAUCGUAUGCCUCUACUGGGAAGGAUAUGUGACACUAGUAAUAACGGCAUUCCUACAUUCUUAAUGAAGUCUCAUUCCAUUGUAACACUGUGACAAUCUCCUCAUGCAAGUGUAACAUCGGUCCAGAACUUAGAUCAUAACUGCUCUAUUAGAAUGGCUCUGCUUGUUACUGUGCAGCCUUAACAACUAAACACGAACUGAUCCGGAAAGGCUGUUAAACUCCUCUAGGCUAGUUUGCUUUUAGAUUCUCUUCAGCAGCUGUACAGAGAACAUUUCUGUCGUUUCUGUUGCUAAUGCUAAUUUCUUCAGGUUUCUGGAGAGGUGAUGCCAUGAGAGAGAGAACUGUAAUAUCCCAAAAGAUGUGACGAGAUGUAAUGAAAUCAUUCCUUUGCUUAGCAUUCUCUUCUGUCGUUGCAUUACGCUCUAAUCUUUGGCAAAAAGGCUCAGUCAUUCCUUUAUUUUGCACUUUGGAAGACUGUCGGUCAGUGUAUUCAAGAAAGGUGCAUAAUUUAUGUGUUUAAGUAUGUUUGUGGAAGCGUGUUUGCGAAGAAGCUCUUCUGGUACGGCACUUUUUCACAUCUAAUUGUAAAGUCUUAAAGAAGCGUAGGAAUUAGCAGCCACUGCACUUUCACUUUUCCAAUUUCAUUUGUUUCAUAUCAGACAAGGUGAUUGUAUUUUGGAACUGAUUUAUUUUAGCCAGCUUCCAGCCAGUAAGAUUUGAUCUUCCUCCAAAAAAAGUGAAAAAAAAAUCAAACGUGUUCUCUUCAUCGGCGGAUUUGUUUCCAGCAUUAAAUGUCGAGUGAAACCUUGUGUUACUGUACUUCACCUGCAGCUGGGUGUAUAAUGGAGAUCUGUUAUGUCGCUCUGCGGUCUCCUUUAACCCACCAAAGAGUCUUAGGAGGGAGAUGAAAAGGAAUCAGACUUGUAGGCAAAGCAAAAGGGACUGUUAUAUGAAUGUGUUGUGACUGACAUUCAGAAAUUCCCACUGUCCGUGCAGCGCUUAAUUACAGCAUUGAGGUUACAGAGCGCAGAAAUGAUAUUCAUUUCCACUUUAUGACCAACAUAAAUAGCACUGCGAAUAUUAACUGAAAUAAGCUAUGUAAUUUGCUUUGCAUGUGAUAGUCUGACAUUGUGUCCUUUUAUCGGAUGUAAGAAAUGCUAAUGUCAUCACUUGCAAUUAAAGUUGUUUUGUAACUGACUAA